GUAACUUGACAAUUUGAAAGAAAAAAUUCCCGGUAUUUUUGUAAUCGUAACGUUGGCAAACCUGCAUAUUACUGCCGAAGAGAAGUAAUAUUAUUACUCCUCAUGAGAUAUAAUAAUGUGUAUCCCAACCUUUAAAAGUGCUGCUGGAGAGAGGAUUAUCUGAAUUUGAGGAUUGGAAAAGAAGUUCAGUCAUAGAACGAAAAUGGAGAGAAACGGGAUCGUUAGACAGAAAAGUGGAUUCCCGACGUCUGCGAGCCUCAACAAAGCAAAUAAAUGACCAGGCACCUGUAGUGUAUUACUGUUCAUUUGACAGAUCAUAUAACCUCACAAUCAUAGACUCACAAUUUUGUAACAAAAUAAAGCUUGUAUUUCCACUAAAUAUGUCGCGAAACAGCAUAAAAAUUUUGCCGAGUGCUUUAGUUUGCGAAGAAUCAAAAUUACGAGGUGACAUUACCAUAGGUGCUGGUACAAUUAUCCACCCAAGUGCUACAAUUUUGGCUGAGGCUGGCCCCAUAAUUAUUGGUGACUCUUGUCUAAUAGAAGAGCAAGCGAGAAUUAUUCAUCGGUUACCAUUUGAGCAACAAGGUACAGAAAACACCCCCGUGUUAAUAAUAGGCUCUCACAAUGUGUUUGAAGUCGAUUGUCACGUAGAGUCCCCAAAAAUAGGAAGUUGCAAUGUGUUUGAAUCCAAAUGUUAUGUGGGCAAUAAAGUUACUGUUACCAAUGGUUGUACAGUUGGUGCUGGUUGUAAAAUAACACAAGAACAAAUUUUGAAUGAAAAUAUUAUUAUUGUUGGGGAGAAAUGUCAUAUGAGGGAAGGCCUGGAUAGACCUGGAUUGCAGACUCUGCAAAUGGAAACGCUUUCAAAAGUGUUGCCCAAUUAUCAUCAUAUUAGAAAGCCAAAUAAGAAGAAUUAAUUUAUUCUUUGUAUGUGUUAGAUAAUUUUUUGUACUAUCAUCAAUUUAUUAUCGUUAAUUUUGUUACUUCUGCACUUAAUUGGGAUAAUUUUUCAUUUUUGUAAUACUGUUUGAGAUUAUGAUUUCUGAAUAUCGUAAUACAAGUUUUUAAUAAACAGAUUCUUGUAUUGCUGUUGUACAAUAGGAGAAAAUCGAUAAAUAGGAGUCAAAGGAAUGGGGAAAAUAUUUUAUAAAUGCAUAUUUACAAUAAACGUCCUGAUUUUUC